GGGAUGGGGCUAAUUGGGGACAGUAUUCCUUGGGGACAGGGUUCCCUGGGGCCAUGGGCUCUCUUGGGUCACAGGGUUGCACAGGGAUGGUGCGGUGCAGGGGAUUGGUGGCACUUUGGAUGGGAGCUCCCAGGAGCAAUGAUCAGGCUUGUGGUGAGAGCAGGGCGUCCUCCUUUCCCAUAGCGAGGGGAAACUGAGGCAGGAGGCCAGAAGUGGUGACUCAGAGUGGCUGGACCUGCUCCUGCCGGUGGGACCUGUCUGCGGCCACCCAUGGCUGGGGUGGCCCCGGGGCCAUGCGGGUGCUGGGACGAGGAUUGGCAGCCGAGGGGGACCCGGCGAGGGUGCAGAGCCCCUGGGGUGGCCCAAGAGACCGGGAUGAGGGGGAUCAGUGCUUUUGGGGACAAAGGAAUGAAUGCCCCUGGGAACAAAGAGGUGACAGUCUUGGGGGGGGGACAUGGAGAGAUGUAUGCCUACAGGGACAAGUGCCUUGGGGACACCAGCAGGAGAGGGACACCCGUGUGUGCCCCGCGAGAACAGGGGACAAGGGCUGCGAACUGGGGGGACAGGGCAGCCAUGGGCUUGGGGACAAAGGGGAGAGGACAAGGGCUGUAACUUGGGAAGGAUGGGAGCUGAGGGCUAUGAAUUGGGAGAGACGGGGCAACCUUGGGGACAAGAGCUGUGAACUGGGGUGGGGGGGACAGCAUCCCACGCUGCCCCUCUCUGUCCCCCUUGCUGUCCCCUCCGCAGGGUUUAUUUUGGCGCGAAGCGUGACGUCUCCUGCAUAGAAAACCAUCCUUAAUAUCCAGAGGAGUAUGUAUUUAAUAUGCAAAUUAUCACCACCAGCACCACCGUAGCAUGGUGGAAGGGACACCUUGGGGGCACCCGGCACCCCUUGUGUCACCCAACAGCUCCUGUCACCCCUGGGCACCCACGGUGGGCGAUAAAGCCCCCCAAAAGUGACUGUGGUGUCCCUACCAUCCGCAGAGCCCACAUUGGGGUGGUCGGACCCCCUUGGGGUGUCCCAGAGGGGCUGGCUGGGAGUGGGGGGAGCGAUGGCGAGGGGAUGGGGGCUAUAAAAGGCAGCUGUAAGCGGAGCCGGUAACCGGAGCAGGAGGCUGGGGGGACAUCUGAGCCGCUGGCGAGGCCGCAGCAGCGCCAAGGUGCGGUGGGUGCCCACCCGUGCCAGGGGACACCAUGGGGUCCCCUCCCCGCAUCCCCCUUGUCCUGCUGCUCCUGCUCGCCGUGGAGAGGACGGCGCACGGCACCUUCCCUGAGGAGCCUGGCCCCAUCGCUGUGGCCCCCGAAGAAUAUGUGAAGCACUACGCUGUCUUCGUGGGCCACGGGAUGAGCCGCCCGGCCGGCCCUGAAGGUGGGGGGACCCAGCGCCUCAACAUCCAACGCAUCCUCAAGGUCAACCGGACCCUUUUCAUCGGGGACAGGGACAAUGUCUACCGCGUCAGCCUGGAGCCCACCGGUGCCGGUGAGAUGCGUUAUCACCGGAAGCUGACGUGGCGCUCAAACCAGCACGACAUCAGCAUCUGCCGGAUGAAGGGGAAACACGAGGCAGAGUGCCGGAAUUUCAUCAAGGUGCUGCUGGUGCGGAAUGAGAGCCUUCUCUUCGUCUGUGGCACCAACGCCUUCAACCCCAUCUGCGCUAACUACAGCAUGGACACGCUGGAGCCUGUCGGGGACAACAUCAGCGGCAUGGCCCGCUGUCCCUACGACCCCAAGCACGCCAACGUGGCCCUCUUCACAGGGGGGAUGCUCUUCACUGCCACUGUCACGGAUUUCUUGGCCAUCGACGCCGUCAUCUACCGUAGCCUGGGGGACAGCCCAACCCUCCGCACCGUCAAACACGACUCCAAAUGGUUCAAAGAGCCCUACUUUGUGCACGCCGUGGAAUGGAGGAGCCACGUCUACUUCUUCUUCCGGGAGAUCGCCAUGGAGUUCAACUAUCUGGAGAAGGUGGUGGUGUCCCGCGUGGCCCGGGUUUGCAAGAACGACAUGGGGGGCUCGCAGCGGGUACUGGAGAAGCAGUGGACCUCCUUCCUUAAGGCCCGGCUCAACUGCUCUGUGCCGGGUGACUCACACUUCUACUUCAACGUCAUCCAAGCUGUGACGGAUAUCUUAGAGCUGGAUGGGCGCCCUGUGGUGCUGGCCGUCUUCUCCACGCCUGCCAACAGCAUCCCUGGCUCAGCCGUCUGCGCCUUUGACAUGACCCAAGUGGCCGCUGUCUUUGAGGGACGUUUCUGGGAGCAGAAAUCCCCUGAGUCCAUCUGGACACCCGUGCCCGAGGACAUGGUGCCCAAGCCCCGGCCUGGGUGCUGCGCCUCCCCGGGAAUGCGCUACAACUCCUCCAGCACCUUCCCCGACGAGAUCCUCAACUUUGUCAAGACGCACCCCUUGAUGGACGAGGCAGUACCGUCCCUGGGCAACGUACCCUGGAUCCUCCGCACCAUGAGCCGUUAUCAGCUCCGCAAGAUCGUGGUGGACAAUGCGGCGGGGCCAUGGGGAAACCACACUGUGGUCUUCCUUGGCUCCAGCACGGGGACUGUACUCAAGUUCCUCAUCCAGCCCAACGCCAGCACCAGCACCGCGCCCGCCGCCCCUGGCAGCCAGAGCGUCUUCCUGGAGGAGUUUGAGACCUACCACCCUGGGAGGUGUGGCCGGGACACGGAGGACGAGCGGCGGCUCCUGGGGCUGGAGCUGGACAAGGCGGCGGGGUCCCUGCUGCUGGCCUUCCCCCCGUGUGUGGCCAGGGUGCCCGUGGCUCGCUGCCAGCAGCACUCGGGCUGCAUGAAGAACUGCCUCGGGAGCCGGGACCCGUACUGCGGCUGGACACCCGAGGGCUCCUGCAUCUUCUUGGAGCCCAGCCCCAGGGCAGCCUUCGAGCAGGACAUCACCGGCAGCAGCACAUCCCACUUGGGCGAGUGUGAGGGGCUGGUGACGGAGAGCUUUGUGGAUGAGCCGGACGGGCUGGUUUCGGUGAACCUGUUGGUGAUCUCCUCGGUAGCCGCCUUUGUCAUCGGCGCCGUCAUCUCUGGCUUCAGCGUCUGCUGGUUCAUCGGCCACCGGGACCGCAAGGAGCUGGCGCGCCGCAAAGACAAGGAGACCAUCCUGGCCCACAGCGAAUCGGUGGUGAGCGUCAGCCGGCUGGGCGAGCGGCGGGCACGUGGCGGGCAGCCCGGCGCCUUGCUGGCCCCGCUCAUGCCCAACGGUUGGCCAAAGGAGUUGGGGAAGGUCACCCAACACGACCUGGACUCAGGGGUCCUGCCCACGCCGGAGCAGACCCCGCUGCAGCAGAAACGCUGCCCCGGCACCCUCCAAAACUGCACCUGGGAGCAGAGUCAUAACAUCAUCAAUGCCGCGUUGCGGGACCCCGGUGGAUCUGGCACAACCGCCACCGGCACUGGGCGGCUGCAUGCCAGCUCCAGCCGGUCGGCUCGUGGCAUCCCCCUCUCCUGCCACGCCAUCCUGGUGGACCAGGAGCUGGAGGCUGAACUCAGCGACUCCUCGGGUGACGGACACUGGGGUCGGGACCCCCAGGAGGGUCCUCGCACCCGGCAGCACCCUCCCACCGGCACCCGCCGUCCACCGCGCAGCUCCUACGGUGACUUCACCAGCACACCGCGCCCCAGCCCCGAUCGCCGACGGGUGGUUUCGGCACCCGGUGGCGAGGGGGGAGACUUUACCGAGGGGCCACCUUGGCACCCGGAGCAGCUGAACUUCAACGCCAACAAUGGCACCGGCCGCCCCGGCGCCCACCUCAAGAGGAACCACACGUUCAACAGCGGCGAGGUGCCAGCGGGCAGUUACGGGCGGCACGGCACAGCACCACGGGCACCCCGGGCUGGGCCCCCGCGGGCGCUGACGGACCUGCACCACCUCCUGCGCUACGGCGUGGAGCGGACUCCCUCCGGAAAAUAGGGUCCUACCUUGGGGUGUCCCCCUCCCCAGGACACUGGUGGGGUCCCCUGGCUCCCUGGGGGGACAGGGAGGGGUGGCUGGACAGGAGCUGUGGGCACUGGGAGAGAUGCUGCAUGGGGAGGGGGGGGGGCAGGGAUAGGCACCCCCUGGGGUGCUCCUGGGAAGGGUUUGGGGGGUUCCCUGGGCAGCGCGGGGCAGUGCCCUGCGCUCCGGCUGCUUUGCCCUGGGAUGCUCCGUCCAUCCCGUCCCAUCGCCAGGUUGGACCCCAGGGACCGCGGCACCCUGGGAGGGGGAUCCCUGGGAGGCAGCAGGAUGGACGCACGGACACGGGCACAGCUGAGGCAGAGCAGGGCUGUGCACACACACACACACACACACCCCCUCCAGAGGGGCUGGGGACACCCGGGGGUGCCACCGGGGUGUGUUGGUUGCAGUGAUGGGACGCGGUGAACAUUUGGGGUGCAGGAGGGUGGGGGUUCCCAAAUUGUCUUGAGUUAUCUGGGGCUGCCCCCUGCUAGCUUGGGGAUGGGGGGGAGUGUGUCUCGCCCAUGAUGCCCCCACAUUCACACCACCCCCUCCUGGGAAGCACAGCCGGGAUGUGGGGGUACCGCUGGGGAGUCCCCACCGAACCCACUCUCUGCUGGCAAAGGGUGCCCUUUCGGUGCCACCCCUGCCUGGCCCUGGGGUCCAGGUCCCCGGGGUUGGGGGGGGACAGGCUGUAAAUAGGGUGGGGGGCGGCGGGUGCCCCCCCCCUCCCCCGUGGCCAUGCAUGCGGCCGCCCGCGGUCUGUACCCCGCGGCCCCAAUAAACGC